AGUUGUCUUCACAAAUUCUCUAGGCGCUACUGAUUGUAGUGUUAAUGUUUUUGACGUGCGCCUUUUUCCUCGUGGUGUGUGCUGAGGUGUGGAGCUACGAGGCUCCUGAGGACAAGCAGGAUGUGUUUGCCAGCAGAGCCUGCCCCGCCUUCCUGAGCUUCACAAACGCUGCCUACAUAGCCGGAGUCACCGUGGAGCUGCCGUGCCACUGCAAACCGCAGGAGGUCCAGUCGGUUGUUUGGUUCUUCAGAAAACACCGGGGCAGCUCUGAUGAGACCAAAGCUCUGACAGAUUACCAUGGGAACAAGCUGCUGGACACAAGUCAGGUCCCUCACAGCAGCGACCUGCGGAGUCGAUUCUCCAUCCGGCUCUUUAGUUUGCUGAUAUUCAGAGUGGGACCCAGUGACUCUGGCCUCUACAUCUGCGGCUCUGCCCGUAAGGACUUCUUCUAUGGUUAUGACCUGGACAUUCAGGAAGCUCCUACGCUCAGUUUCACCCCCAGGUUCUCUGAAGAACGUAGAAAGAAGAAAAGGUAUAGAGGCAGCUUGGUCACCCAAUCACAGCCCUUGUAUCAGGUUUUCAUCAGCUUCCAGACGUGGUCGGUGUGCGACCGCUGUGGCGUUCCAGGUGAGCAGGUCCGUGUUGGACUCUGCUACAUUCACUCCCGGUUCCUGCAUGUACGCUACAGAUGGGCCAAUCAGACGGUAGCUUCCUGCGGCUCAGAGGCAGUGCCCGUGUCCUUCAGCCGUCUCAAGCAGGGGCCAAAGGUGGAAGUCAGACGCUGCGAAGUUACGUGUCCACCUGAACCUCCUCCUCCCUCAAAGCUGGUCGCUUUGAUGGCAUUUCUUGGGUACAGUUCUGCGUCUAUGCCGGUGCCUGUAGCCGUGUUCUUCCUGAGCCACCCGGCAGACCGUGUUCUCGCCCUGGGGUGCCCUGGAGCACGUCCCAACAUGGCCGUCGCUUGGGAUCAAGGAUCUAAAGCGAUCUACAGGACCGAGGAAACAUCAGGGGGGAACUUUAGCCACUUUGCCCCGAGGAUAAAGAUAGAUACCGGGCACCACUUGGUGUUUCAUCCAGCACAAACCCAGGACUCAGGAGUGUACUACUGCUGGCUCCAGGGUCGGCGGGCUGCUCAGAUCCGUCUGCUGGUAUAUCUGCAUCUCGGAGACGACUCGUCGGUUUGGUCCCAUCCCGACUUCCCAGCAGCCAUCCAAGUUGUGCUAAAAUCUUACGCUGUGAUGACAGCUCUGUUUUGUCUGCUGCUGAUUUGCAGAGCUGGGAUCAAACAUCUCAGAGACGGAGCAGAAACACAUCUGGAUUAAACUAAGUCUAAGCUCCCUUAUCACCUCUUUUUAUCGUGGCUUCUUGGUAACUCAUCAAGCGUGACAAGGUGGCGAUACAAUCCAAUUGUUUAGUAAGUGCAACUGGACUGAGCCGGAGAAUUUAAGUUCAGUUUGAGUUCAUGUAUGUUUGUCCCGCUACAUCCUACAGAUUCAGCCAGGGAAGUAACUCACUCUGUCAGAAUAUUUAUAUCUUUUCACAGUUUAUUUUUGCAGAGAUAGUAUUCAGUGUCAACCGAUACAUAGGAACAUUAAAGCUAUUUGUCAGUGCCAUUUCUAAGUAAUAAAAUGCACUGCAAAAGUACUUUUAGUGGAGGUGA